AUGACAUCUAACGUCGAGUCGGACCACAAGCUGGCCAUGGCGGAAACCAGCAGCAAAUCCGAUGCGGAUACCCUCGAUUCAAACAGCUAUGGACGGCAGCUGGAAGAGAUUCGCAUAUCCAACAUGCCGGCCAGUGCCUCCUUCAAUACAGGUGUCGAUGUUACGACUGCCGAGAAGGACUUUGAGGAGUUGAGCAAACAAUUCUCUAACAUCUCGCACCAAGCCCGCAGAUUAUCCAGACAAGAAUCACGAGUGUCUAAGAUGGCAACAGUCACCACUAAAGAUAUUGAGAAAGGCGAGGGUUCUACUGCGUCGGAUGAGUCAUGGAAUCUGGAGACGACCCUACAUGGCGAUCGUGUCGCAGCUGAACAGGCUGGAAUCAAAGACAAGCAUAUCGGUGUGAUUUGGAACAACCUCUCAGUUCGUGGAAUGGGCGGUGUUAAAACAUACAUCAAAACAUUCCCAGAUGCAAUCAUCGAUUUCCUCAAUGUACCGGGAACACUCAUUGACCUCUUCGGGUGGAGAAAGAAGGGCCAAGAGUAUAACAUCUUGGAGGGUUUCCGAGGUCUUACACGGCCCGGUGAGAUGGUCUUGGUCCUUGGUCGUCCUGGAUCAGGCUGCACGACCUUCCUCAAAGUUAUCGCGAACCAGCGGUUUGGAUAUACCGGGGUAGAUGGUGAAGUCCUCUAUGGUCCUUUUGAGUCGGAUGUGUUCUCCAAAAGAUUCCGCGGAGAAGCCGUGUACAACCAAGAGGAUGAUGUUCACCAGCCUACCUUGACCGUGAAACAGACCCUUGGAUUCGCCCUCGACACGAAGACCCCUGGAAAGCGUCCACUGGGUGUUUCGAAGGCUGAGUUCAAAGAAAAAGUGAUCAAUUUGCUUCUGAAAAUGUUUAAUAUUGAGCACACUGCCAACACCGUGAUUGGCAACCAGUUUAUUCGCGGUGUCUCUGGAGGUGAACGGCGUCGUGUAUCGAUUGCGGAAAUGAUGAUCACGUCUGCGACUGUAUUGGCCUGGGAUAACAGCACUCGCGGUCUGGAUGCCUCAACUGCCCUCGAUUUCGCCAAGUCCCUGCGGAUUUUGACUAAUAUUUACAAAACAACAACUUUCGUGUCACUCUACCAGGCGUCUGAGAACAUCUAUAAACAGUUCGACAAGGUCCUCGUGAUUGAUAAUGGCCGUCAAGUAUUCUUCGGCCCUACAUCAGAAGCACGAGCAUAUUUCGAAGGCCUCGGCUUCCGCGAAAAGCCUCGUCAGACCACUCCGGACUACUUGACAGGAUGCACCGACCCAUUCGAGAGGGAGUUCAAGGAUGGAAGAUGUGCCGACGAUGUGCCGUCCACGCCACAAGCGCUAGUCGAAGCCUUCGACAAAUCCGUCUUCAGCGAAACGCUAGAUCGGGAAAUGAAGGCCUACCGCAACCAAAUUCAAAAGGAAAAGCAAAUUUACGAUGAUUUCGAGAUCGCUAACAAAGAGGCAAAGCGCAAGUUUACUUCGGACUCAUCUGUAUACUCGAUCCCUUUCCAUCUGCAAACCUGGGCUUUGAUGAAACGGCAGUUCCUCCUCAAAUGGCAAGACAAGUUCGCUUUGACCGUCUCGUGGGUUACUUCUGUUGGUAUUGCCAUCAUUUUGGGUACAGUGUGGCUAGAUCAACCUAAGACGAGUGCCGGUGCAUUUACUCGAGGAGGUCUUUUGUUCAUCAGUCUGCUGUUCAAUGGUUUCCAAGCAUUCUCGGAACUCGCUGCCACAAUGAUGGGCCGCGGAAUCGUCAACAAGCACCGCUCAUUCACGUUUUAUAGACCUAGUGCACUUUUCAUUGCGCAGAUUCUCGUUGACACUGCGUUUGCCAUCGCAAGGAUUCUCAUAUUCAGUAUCAUUGUGUACUUUAUGUGCGGACUGGUUCUUGAUGCUGGGGCAUUCUUUAUAUUUGUUUUGAUCAUCCUCGAGGGCUAUGUAACCAUGACGGUGUUCUUCCGAACCGUCGGAUGUCUAUGUCCUGAUUUCGAUUAUGCGAUGAAGUUCGCAUCUGUCAUUAUCACAUUCUUCGUUCUGACGUCCGGAUAUCUUAUCCAGUGGUCUGCCGCUCAGGUGUGGCUGCGAUGGAUUUACUUCAUCAACCCCUUUGGUCUUGGAUUCGCUUCAUUGAUGGUCAACGAGUUUAGACACCUUACUCUGACAUGUACGACAGACUCGCUCGUUCCAACUGGACCUGGUUAUGGCGACAUUGCGCACCAGGCUUGUACUCUAGCGGGAGGCGAGCCCGGUUCGGCGAUCAUCCCAGGCUCCAACUACAUUGGACAAACCUUCAAUUAUCUUUCUGGCGAUCUCUGGCGAAACUUCGGUAUCAUGCUUGCCCUGAUUAUUGGUUUCCUCUGUUCGAACUUGUAUUUUGGAGAAACACUUCAAUUCGGUGCUGGUGGCAAGACCAUCACUUUCUACCAGAAAGAAAACGCUGAGCGGAAAGAGCUGAAUGAUGCCCUGAUGAAGAAGAAAGCCAGCAGACAGGCAAAAACUGUCGAGGCUGAUGCUGGAUCAAACCUGAAGAUCUCCUCGCAAUCCGUGUUCACCUGGGAGGAUGUCUGCUACGAAGUCCCUGUGCCCUCCGGUACCAGACGUCUUCUGAACUCUGUCUACGGCUAUGUUCAGCCUGGAAAAUUGACUGCACUUAUGGGAGCAUCUGGUGCGGGCAAGACAACAUUGCUGGAUGUUUUGGCGUCAAGGAAGAACAUCGGUGUGAUCACCGGCGAUAUUCUUGUCGAUGGCAAGCCUCCAGGAACCGCAUUCCAAAGAGGUACAUCUUACGCAGAGCAACUUGAUAUCCACGAGGACAUGCAGACUGUACGAGAAGCGCUGCGUUUCUCUGCAGACCUGCGCCAGCCCUUUGAAACACCCCAAUCGGAAAAGUACGCUUACGUGGAAGAGAUCCUAACCCUCUUGGAGCUGGAGAAUCUGGCAGAUGCAAUCAUCGGUACAACUGAAACUGGUCUCUCGGUCGAGGAAAGAAAGCGAGUCACAAUCGGCGUCGAACUGGCGGCGAAGCCUGAGCUGCUUCUAUUUUUGGAUGAGCCUACCUCAGGUCUGGAUGGCCAGUCUGCCUGGAACAUUGUUCGUUUCCUUCGGAAGCUAGCAGCAGCAGGCCAGGCUAUUCUCUGCACUAUCCAUCAACCCAACGCCGCCCUCUUCGAAAGCUUUGAUCGCCUACUCCUCCUCCAAAGAGGAGGCGAAUGCAUCUACCACGGUGACAUUGGUCCCGACUCCCAGGUUCUGCUGGAUUACUUCCAUCGCAAUGGAGCUGAGUGUCCCCCAGAUGCUAAUGUAGCCGAGUGGAUGCUCGACGCCAUUGGCGCUGGCCAAACACGUCGGAUCGGAGACCGUGACUGGGGCGACAUCUGGCGCACUUCUCCUGAACUGGAAGCAGUCAAAAAGGAAAUCGUCCGGAUCAAGGAAGUUCGUGCGCAGGCCGUGCUGGAUAAUCAUGACGACAAUACAGUGGAUCGAGAGUACGCUUCACCUCUCUGGCACCAGAUCAAGGUAGUCUGUCGACGAACGAAUCUAUCAUUCUGGCGCUCAAAAAACUACGGCUUCACCAGGCUUUACACGCAUGUUGUGAUUUCCAUCAUCACCGGUCUUGUCUUCUUGAACCUCGAUGACUCUCGAUCCUCGCUGCAAUACCGCAUCUUCGUCAUUUUCAACGUCACCGUCCUCCCAGCUAUCAUUCUCCAGAUGGUCCAGCCGCGAUACGACAUGGCCCGUCUAAUCUUCUACCGCGAAUCCGCAUCAAAAACCUACAGCCAGUUCGCCUUCGCCCUGUCCCUGGUUGUCGCCGAAAUUCCCUACAGUCUCCUGUGCGCCGUCUGCUUCUUCCUGCCUUUGUAUUACAUCCCAGGAUUCCAAACAGAGUCCAGCCGAGCCGGCUACCAAUUCUUCAUGAUCCUCAUUACGGAGAUGUUCUCCGUGACUCUGGGUCAGAUGAUCUCAGCCCUGACUCCGAACAGCUUCAUCGCGUCCCAGCUCAACCCACCUAUCGUGAUUAUCUUCUCUCUAUUCUGUGGUGUUUCAAUUCCCAAGCCCCAGAUGCCAGGAUUCUGGCGCGCAUGGCUAUACCAACUCGACCCAUUCACCCGUCUGAUUGGCGGAAUGGUCGUGACAGAGCUGCAGGGUCGGGAUGUGGUCUGUGCAGAGUCGGAACUGAAUCUUUUCAAUGCCCCUGAUAAUCUCACCUGUGGAGAGUACAUGAAGCCGUUCUUUGAUCGCGGCGGCAAUGGAUACAUUGUCGAUGAUGCGGUGCAGGCUUGCAAGUACUGUGCGUUCAAGGUUGGAGAGCAGUUCUAUUCCACUUUCAGUAUGUCCUUUGAUAACCGGUGGCGGGAUCUGGGUAUCUUCGCUGCGUUCAUUUUCUCUAACCUGGCAAUUUUGUUCUUGGCCUCUCGCUUCUUGAACUUCAACCGACGAUAA